AGACCUGUAUGUAAGACCGUGACUUCAAUGACGUCUGCUAGAGUGCGUUACUGCGCAUGCGUGAUAUCACUUGGCGCAGUUGCGCUCUAGCGUCUAGAGCUGUCUAGUUUCAUGCACUUGGAUUGACUUAACCUUUCAUUAUCGACAACAAACAACUCUUUGAACGAAAAUAGGUAAAACAAUACGGUAUCUACCAACAGAUACCGUAUUUUAUCUAAAAGAGUUAAAAAUAAUAUCGAAAAUAUAUAUUGAAAGAAGAAGAGGAAACAAACACUCGUAAGAAGAAAGCGAAAAUUAUUUCAAGAAAAUGAUGAACGAAAAGAUGAUGGAUGCGCGAAGGCGCGAGCGAGAACUGAUAGGAUUGCGUGGGGUUCCUGAGGCUUGGAGCAAAUCUCCAAUGCAAAUCGAGUAUAGUUCAGAUGAAGAGGAUGAAGACGUGAACAAACACAAAGAUAAUAUUUUGCCAAAGGACCGCAAGAGGAAGAGGCACGAUGCUAAAAAGAAGAAGAGCAAGAAACAGAAAAAGGAGAAGAAAGCGAAGAAGGAAAAAAGAAGAGAGAAGAAAGCAAAAAAGGAAGCUAGAAGGGAGAAGAGGAAGAAAAAGAAAGCAAAGAAGGAUACGGAGAGCAGCAGCUCCAACAGUAGCGGUAGCAGCGAUGAAGAGGGGGAGGUCUGGGUAGAAAAGACUGCACUCACGGAUAAACCGAAGUCGAAGAAAGGUUCGAGUUCGGAUGACAGCGGAGACGACAGUGUGGUGGGACCUGCUCCGAAGCCACACGUAACUCUGUCGGCCAAAGAUUUUGGCAAGGCCUUGCUGCCGGGUGAGGGCGCGGCCAUGGCGGCUUACGUCGCUGAAGGGAAACGUAUACCCAGAAGAGGUGAGAUCGGCCUCACGUCCGAAGAAAUCGCCUCGUACGAAUCUGUUGGCUACGUUAUGAGUGGAAGCAGGCACCGUCGCAUGGAAGCAGUUCGUAUUCGUAAAGAGAACCAGAUCUACUCCGCCGACGAGAAACGUGCUUUGGCAAUGUUCAGCAAAGAGGAGCGACAAAAGCGGGAAAAUCUUAUAUUGGGACAGUUCAGAGAGAUGAUUAAUCAAAAAAAACUGGCGCAGGAAAAGAAAAAUAAGUGAUUUAUUUUUGAGCGAGGAGACUCGUAUAGAAAUUUUGUAUAAUUCUGUUUUCAGAGGACGAUGUACAUAGAAAAUACUAUGUAUUAUAUUAUCAUGUACAUAACUAAAUAAAACCAUUUUUAUCAAGG